UGAUGCCGCUACCAGGAAGUUCCAACACAGUCCUGUUAGCUGGACGUUGUGCUCGGAGGCUAUAAAUCCCUCGUUGGCCUUUUCAUUUAUUAACAAAGUGAAACAAUCGUAUUUGGUUUGGAAGAGUAUGGUUCAAUGUAGGAUGACACAGUCUUGCUUUUACUUUGUAUCCCCUGUUUGUGCUAAAAUGCGUUGUUGUCGUUCUGUUAGCCGGCUAGCUAACAAGCCAGCUAACAGUUAGUUAAGGUUGUUUUGAUGAAUAACUUAUUGUGAAUAGUAACGUCAGCGGCGGCUGGACUCCAGUGCUAGUAACGUACACUGAAAGGUUUGUUUGGAUUUAGUCCAGUCUUAUCAGGAAAUUCUAUUUUAUGUGUUAGCCGUUACUAAGGAGAGUUAAUGUAAAUCGUGGGUAGUGCACCAGCUAGCUGGUUAGUCGACAUCAAACGGCGGUCGCUUUGCUUCAGCUACCGCAGCUGGGGACCGUCUGAGUUGUCCCUUGCCCCCAAUAGUGGACGUCUGGCGAGCUUAUAAAGCUCUCUGUCGAUCGGAUUCAAUGCGUGGGAUGAUGGGGACCCAGAGUAGUCCGGUCAAGAGUUACGAUUAUCUCCUGAAGUUUCUUUUGGUGGGAGACAGCGAUGUCGGAAAGGGGGAAAUCUUGGACAGUCUGCAAGACGGAUCAGUAGAGUCCCCCUAUGCCUACAGCAGUGGGAUUGAUUACAAGACCACCACAAUUCUGCUGGAUGGGAGGAGAGUGAAAUUAGAGUUAUGGGACACAUCAGGGCAAGGCAGAUUCUGCACCAUCUUCAGGUCUUACUCUCGUGGGGCACAGGGCAUACUGCUCGUGUAUGACAUCACUAACGGCUGGUCAUUUGAUGGUAUUGACCGCUGGAUCCGGGAAAUUGAUGAGCACGCCCCUGGGGUACCCAGGAUCCUAGUGGGCAACCGGCUGCACCUGGCUUUCAAGCGACAGGUGCCAACGGAGCAGGCAAGGGCGUAUGCAGAAAAGAACAGCAUGACUUUCUUUGAGGUCAGUCCGCUGUGCAACUUCAAUGUCAUCGAAUCCUUCACAGAACUUUCACGCAUUGUGCUGAUGAGGCACGGGAUGGAGAAAUUCUGGAGGCCCAACAGAGUCUUCAGCCUCCAAGACCUGUGCUGCCGUUCGAUCGUCUCCUGCACACCGGUGCACCUUAUUGACAAACUGCCCCUCCCUGUGGCCAUCAAGUCCCACCUCAAGUCUUUUUCUAUGGCCAACGGCAUGAAUGCAGUCAUGAUGCAUGGACGCUCCUACUCUGUGGCCAACAGUGCAGCCUCAGGCGCUAGCAGCGGUGGAAGCAAAGCCAACAGCCUCAAACGCUCAAAGUCCUUCAGGCCUCCACAGAGCCCUCCAAAGGACUCGUCGUCUUCCUCUAAGGGGAACUGUAAGAUUUCAUAGUGAAGGAGCGAAUUACUGGUUGCCUCCGUGGGGCCAGUAUUAAAGGUGUUGUUGCUCCAAGAUGUCAUUAGACCGUAGAAGAGCGUGGAGAGCUACCAGAAACCUUCAACAGUAACAGAUAUCUCUGUGAACUUAACAUCGACAGACUUGGAUGGUAGGACUGGUUUCUGUUUUGUGCUUGCUGGUGCCAUCUUGUGGAUAUCCGUUUACCUGUACUCUUUACUACAGAAGCUCACUGUGAUCAAGUACAAGAACAAGAUUUCCCUGGGACCAAUAGAUGUGAAUCAAGGAUUAUCACUCACCUUUUAACACUACAAAUGAGUGGAGGGACAUUAGCUAGCUUUUAUUCGGAAAAGGAUUGUUUAUUGUAUUUAAAGUUGGACUUGAAGUUGUAAAUAUACAGUAUGUGCUUUUUGUUUUGGUCUGUGUUUGGUAAUUGGUCUCCAGAUUGACCAGCUUUUUAUGCUCGUUUUGUCUUGAAUGUUUUCGGAGACCUGCUUUGGUGUACAACUUAUCUGUGUGUCUUUUGCCUUUUGUCUACCAUAAGAAAAAGAUCCCUUUGCAGCCUCAAAGAUGCUGAGCUACUAUUUAAAACUCAGCUUUAGUUAAGUUUUAAAGAAGACUGGUUUAAAUUGAAUGUCAUGAGAAGAGCAGGGCUAGUUUUCCAGACAGACUAGUAGUAGACUUAAGAAAAAUGUAAAAAAAACAACAACCCAACUAUCCAUCAAAAACCCCUCUUAGUCUAGCACUACUUAAACUGUCGAACCAACUUGUCUUGUUUAGAAGACUUCCUGCUGUGCCCCUAAAUUCCAGCCCAGAUGAAUUCACCCUCCAUCUCCAUUAAUCAUUGGUUUGAACAUCUGCUGAAUUUCUCGGGCCAUUCUUUUUGACUCUAAUCUAAUAUCCUUAGUGGUAUCAUGGCUUUAACUGGUUUAAACCACCAACAGCAUGAUUAAUUAAAAUUUAUGAACUCUGGGGCAAUUGAGACAUCGCCUGGUGUCGAUGAGGAAACCUUGUACAAACUCAGAUGUACAGAUUAGUUUGCUCAGCCGUGGUGUUUUUCUUUCAGAAAGUGCUGCAGUGGUAUCACAUUAUUAGGAUUUUGUAAACUCACUAGACAUUAGUGAGAGGAAUAUUUAAAUUUGACUGCUGUUUGGAUUUUUGUAUAUGCUAUGUAUUUAUGAAUGUAAAACAAUAUUCAUCUGCUACUUUUCUGUGGCAUUGUGAUAAUAUGUGACUCAGAAUCAGAGGUGGAAGGUCAUUGGGUACAUCUGCUACUGUAAUAUUCUUACUGAGUGUUGCUUACUGUCUGAGUAUUAGUACUUUUGUUGCUCAAGUUAAUUCUUAUUUUCUCCAAAAAUGUAUUAUUGGGUGAACAAUGCAAGUACCAUGUAAUUAAUGUGAGAAAGUCUUGUUCAAUCAAAGCUAACUAAUAUUGUUUUAAUAAUUGAUUAAGCUACUCAAAUACUUGUAUUCUGAUAUAAACUCUCUCUUUCCACCUCUGUUCCACUUCAACAUUCUCAGUAUGUCUGAGGUCAUCCAGGGCAUAAACAUUGGUGCAUGUUUUCUACUGGAUCCUGUUUUCUGUGGUGUGUUGACACCAGUACAAUAGGCAGAACUCGUGGGUGAGCAUUUAAAGCACUAUAUGUAAACAUUUGAUAAUGAUUGUUGCUAUCAGAUCUGUGUGUCGGAGUUGGUUUGGAUACGGGCUUAGUUAUAAUUUUGUCUCCAUCAAAAAAACAGUCGCCCAUCAAAAUAAAGGGUAAAAACUA